AUGGACGAAGUUGAGGCUGCGCGCCUGCUACUACGUGGACAGAAGGAAUCACAAGUUCUUGAUCGGAAUGCUUUUCAAAGCGCCGUCUUCCUCUUCCACACCCGCCGACAGAACAUCCUCGAGUCUCUACGGUUAAUCCUUUCCUACGCCCUUAACGAUGAGAUCGAUCCAGAGAUCCGGAGGGCUGCAAAGCAAGCUGCAAACCUGUUAGCUUCUCCAAAGGCUCCCGCGGCUGCUAGUGGUUCCGGGUCGUUUGCUGAGAAAUGUAUUUCCACCAUGGCUUCAGUUCGGGCUUCUGUCCAGCAAUUACGAGAGAAAGAACGGCAUGAGCAGACGCUACGAUUAGUCCCAACUCCUGGGUUUAAGGAGGAUUUGGAGGUCCAGGUUCGGUUUUUAAUGAACCAGCACGAAGCACUGGCAUCCAUUGUUUUUUACUUGGUCAAAUUGAAGAGGGCAGCCGUCUCAGAUUUCAAGAACCUCUUGGGUGUUGUCAAAUCCUUCGAGAAGCACGAUAUAUUUGCAUUCCACCAUAUCCUACCGCUAUACUCUUUCUGUACCGUCCUUUGCGAUCCGGACUCGCCUAUUAACUUUCAGCAGACAGUAGAGUUGCACAAGUAUAUGCUUAACGAAUAUAAGAGUGCGCCAUGGCCCCUCAGAUUUGUUCAGGCUUCGGUUCAGAUAUGGUGGCUGAGUGAGUUCAACGGCCUAUGUAACGAUCCAUCGUCGGCAGAGCCGCCUGAUUCCGCUACAUUGGACUAUUUUACACAUGUGUUUGGCCCGUCGAAGGCUGCUUUAGAGGGUGGUGCUUUCGAAUUUAUGCUCGCGGUAUCUGCGGAUGUCAGCGCAGAAUGGUAUCUCAAUUCCGCGAAGGAGGAUCUUCACAGGUUCUUACAAACACGAGUGGCCCCGCUGGAAGACAACAAAUUGCUUUCAGUAUCAUUCAAGUCCCUCAUGAUCAGUCAGUUCGAAAUCUUCAUCGAAUGCUUCAUCUCGAAUAUGGCAGACUUGUUGAAGCAGAUGAAAACGCAAGAAGAGGAGGAUGUGCUAUUGACGCAAAGGACAUGCGGUUACGAUUUGGAGCGGUUUUACAUGAUGAUACAUUACACAUAUCUUGGUCGACGGAAUGCCGGAAUGGCGUUCUGGGUUGACCCAGAGAGUAAUUUGCAUGGGUUCAUUGUCUGGGCUUCAACCAGCCAUAUGCCAUUCAUGGUUGCUACAUUCAGUUAUAUGUUGGCAUCACUCGCUCUUGGGGUGACUGCCGCCGAGCACACGCAUCGUUUCCUCCAGGACGAGAUUACUCCUGGUUCUAAGAAGAACCGGAGAACCCAAUACCUCUCCUGGGAGCAGCUCUUUAAGGAAUUCCAGAAAUACAUCGAGCAGCUUAGGAUACGGCAUAAAGCUUUGGUGCCUACCAAUUCUUACAGAACUCCCGCCAUACCUGCCGAAACUGUCGCGGAACCCCCGCCCGAGUCAAGUAUGAUGUUAGAUGGGUACCUAAGAUUAAUAGCUCAGGUUGCCCAAGAAUCGCUAGCUUCUCGACAUUGGCUACUUCAUGAGAGCCCUAAUUUCCGGAUCAUGGUCGCGUUGUUCGAUCUUUUGGCUUUACAGGCUUCGGUUCAAUUGUGGGACUCUGUGUUCUCAGCCAUCACCGCAUUUCUAACGGAGAAGACUGAGAACCUGAAUUCCCAAGUGUGGAUUGCCAUCGAUAAUUGGGCACUCGGUACACCUGCUCCACCAUCAAAUGCCCUACAACUCGGUUCCAUAUCAGGGAAGCCAUUCGCUCAGGCUGGAGCUUCGGAGAAACUGGAUGCCAUUGUGACAGCGGUACACCCAGCUGAGGGAUUUGCCCGACUGAUGGCAACAUUAGUCUCCCCACCCGUGGAGGAUUCUCUUCUUAAGGAUUCCCUCCCAUUCCCGGAGACCCUCGGCAGCUCCACACGUCUUUCCGGGAUUGACCCGUAUAUCGACUUCAUUGCCGGAACCAUUUUCACCAACACGAGUCUCCAAAACCUCCCCCCAGAUCUUCCUCUCGUCCCCGAGAAGAUCGAUGACCCGACAGAGAGACUCACCCGUGCUCAAUACAGGAUUUUCCGGCCAGCUCUGCAAUCUAGCUGCCUUGAGUUCAUUGAAACCUGCCUCAUAAGCUUUAAUGAGGAUUUAUUGAACAUCGCUAGUUCUAAUGUUGCCGUCGAUGUUGCUAUUGGAGCAUCCUCUUUGGAAACAUAUGCUAAGUUGCACCCAUUCGCACGGGUCAUGGAGCAUCUUCUGACGGAGAAAUGUUUCAACGUGCUUUACGAGAUUAUAAAAAUUGGAGUCGAUGAUCUCGCGUCUGCGGGUGCGCCCAUGCCAGUCUUACGAACUAUUUUGAUGACAAUCAACAUCCUUGAUCUUGCUAUGAGGAUGCAAUCGACCUAUUUCGAAGUCGUUCGUCCUCUGGUCAAACGGGAUGAAAGUGGGAUGAGAAAAAUGAAUACUAUCUCGACUGGGUUUCCUUCUAUCGAAGAAGCAAUCCUGCAUCACUUAGAUAUUGUUGUCUGCCUUGGCUUGUAUGUUGGAAGCGCAUAUCAAGACGUAACUUUGGCUGCUCUAAGUCUUUUGGAGAAGCUUUCCGUAGCACCGAAGCUAGUAUCAAUCAUGGGCUCUUCAUUGGGGCAACAGGCACGCAAAAACCGCCUCCUUGGUGCCAUUGAACAGAGUCCUGAAUCGAAUCGAAUAUUAUUCAACUUCAUCCAACAAUGGGAAGCAGAUGUGGACAGCGAAGAGACGGAUAUGCGAUACCCGCAGAAAUUCGCCAUUUUGAAGCUGUUGGAUAGUAGUUUGGCGUCGCAACCGAAUGACUUUACUCUUGCGCAUAUGCUUCUUGGAUUUGGUUGGGAUGAGAAAGAGGGCAUUAGUCUUAGUGUGUCCUCGGGUGGAAUCGGAUCUGGCGUCUCACUCUUGCACAGCCUUCUCACAGAUGUAGAUGCACGCGAGUCUGAUGAAGCAGGUCUGGCAUAUGAUGGGGGUCUUUGCCGCUUGAAGAAUGACAUAUUUUCGGUUCUCAAAAGACUCUGGAAAUCACCGGCCACCUCCACUGAGAUUCUAUAUGUUCUUCGUGCCAACAAGUUGCUAUUUUCUCAGAUGCUUUCAGAACAGAUUGUCCAGAGACAAACAAUUUGGGAUGGGAUCCCAUUUGAAUCGGACGAGUUCUUCACGAGGGGCGCUGCUGCGAGCUUCUGCAAUUUCAUUAGCAGACGCACUUCUUUGUUCAAUUAUAUUGCUCUCGAAAUUCGGCAACUGUCGACGCAAGGGGCAUCGACGGGAGUCUCAAAGUAUCUCUCAACAUUGUUGGGAAAGACGGUACUGGAUGGCCAAUCCAUGACGAAUCUUCAUAUUCUAGAUCUCCUAGAUUUCCUAGAACUUGAUGCGCCAGAACCUAUCCCAACGCCUAAGAUUACUUGGUUCAACGACGUUAAUCUCUCCGCGUUCUACCAGGACGACCCAUUCGGCAACCCAUCAUACCACCUACCAACUAUUGACCAGAUUCUGCUACUAAGACGGAAUGAGCUAGGUGCCCUAGGAGUCAUCGAUAACUCGAACGAUGAUUCCGUGACCCUUGAAAUGAAGGCAUUGCUAGACUAUCUCUUUGCGGAGAAUCAACUACGACUAUUCAAGGGAGCCAAUCUAGAAUGCUUAAAAGCCUGGAGCACACUCAUCGCAGUAAUGCUAGAGGAUUGCGAAUAUGAACCUUCGGCAAAGACUCUAUUCUUGCUCACAGCUCUCCAAUCCAUUCUGCCGAAGCUCGAGUCAUACUGCAGCGGUGAUAUUGUCUACGCCCAGGAGCUCAGCUCUCUUGCGCAUACGCUUACCACUCACCUUACCUUCGACAGUAAAACAUUCGGGAAAGGACGGGCUUCCGACAUGGCGAAUGACAGGAUGUAUCAACUAUUCAGGAUCUCCCUACGAUGCAUUCAGUCCCCUAUGGCCACGGCAAACCUCCGCGAGGACUUCUACAACAUCGCUUAUAGAUACUUGAAGGGAAUGUCCGACCUGUCUACCCAAACCAAUGGUCUGACUCGCCACAAUACACAGACGAUCAAGGCCUCCGGGGACAGACUUCUCGAGGUGCUCUGCAAUGACGCUUACGCCGGAGAAGGACAAUGUAAGAUUGUCGCAUUACUGCUCCUAGAAACUCUAGUCGGACUUGCAGCGGAUGAGGGAUCAAGCUAUGUUGUCGACACCUUGAUGAGGCAAAACUUUAUUGUUGUCAUCAUAGACUCGUUAAAGCGGAUUGGACACGAUUUACGGAAUAUAGCUAGCAAAGGUGAUUUCCCAUCCUUUUUUCAUUUUUUUAUCCUGAACGGGAAACUAAUAGUCACAGAUAUCGACUACCUAAUGCGCUCCUUCAAAGCAACAACCGGCUUCCUCGUGCGCGUCUCCCAAACGCGUAGCGGCUCGGGCUACGUCAUAAACGCCGGCCUCUUCCAAGCUCUUCGAGAAAGUCGUCUAUUCGCCGUCGACCCAGACCUUGGCGUCGCCCUCCAAAAAUACUACGACCUCCUACAAGAUGCGAUGCGCGUCGUAACAUGCGUCAUCCUGUCCAAGGGCCCGCAGAACCAAACAGCUAUCAAGCUGGGGCGUCAAUUCAUCACGGAGAACCGCAGCGUCAUCAUGACCGUGUUCAAGCGGCAUGCGGGGAUCGGGGGCCAGCGCUUGGAUGACAUUGGCGACUUGGGGGAAUUGGUUACGCUUUUUGUGCUGUUGAUUUCGGUGACUGCGUUCGUGGAGGGGGAGGAGAGGAGUUUGUGUUAG